AUGAAAGCAAUGGCAGCCAAAGCCCUUUGCAGACUAGCGGAGGGGAACUCAGCCAUUUGCCGUAGCCUUGCAGAAUCAACAUCACUAUAUAGUUUCGGUGUGCUCCUGGAAAAGGGUUCCGAAAAUGCUCAACUUUAUUCUGUCCUUGCAUUAAUGGUGAUCAUGAAAGUGGCAGAGGAAGAUGCUGAUUUGAGAAGAUGUGCCUUCAGUCCUAAUUCUCCCACUUGGAAAUAUAUUGCUGAUCAAUUAUUACUGAAGAUCACUGAGAAUGUUGAAAACUCAAACUUCCAAGUCUUUUGCAUAAAAGCUAUUGGGAAUUUGGCAAAGACAUUUGGGUCAAGAGAGACAAGGAUGAUCAACCGAUUGGUGCAGCUUCUCAAUGGAAGCGAAUUUGAUGUUACCACGGAGGCUUGCAUUGCCCUCACAAAAUUUUCUUGUACGGGCAACUAUUUCCACACUGACCAUUCCAAGGCAAUAAUAAGUGCUGGAGCGAAGAGCUUGCCCAGGCUGAGGUGCUUGCCGCGCUUACGUGGGCAUCCAAGCUAUCUUAUAUGA